CAGUACUACGAGAUGUCGUACGGUAUCACCGUGGAGAUGCACAAGCAGACCGAGAUCGCCAAGAGGUUGAACGCAAUAAUCGUCCAGCUACUACCGUUCCUGGCACAAGAGCAUGGCUUGCAGCAUCAGCAGCAGGUGGCCAACGCCGUCGAGAGAGCGAAGCAAGUCACGACGACCGAGCUAAACGCUAUUAUUGGGCAACAACAGGGUCUACAGCAGCUACUGCAACAGAUUCACGCGCAGCAGCUGCCCCACGGAGCGGUGGUCGGCGGUCUUCCGCCAGGCGGAUUGUUGGGCUUCGCAGGUGCAGCCGCUGCGGCCGCAGCCGCGGUGGUUCCGCCGCAUCUAGCGCCGCCCCCGCAUCCGUCGGCCGCUGCGGUCCAGGCGCAAGCGCAGGCGCUCCUGAAACCGUCGGAUCUGCAACAGCACCGGGCGGCGGCGGAGACUCCCGAGGAUCGUAAGCCGAUCGCCCUCACCGACGACAGACUACGGCGAUCCGUUUCGCCGCCCGAGAAAUUCCGCAGCCGCACCCCCGACCUCGAGAGCGAUCCCAAGAGGCGGAAGGAGGAGAAGCUCGGACACGUGAGUUUAAUCCUUGUUCCUCGUCACGCGCUUCCUCGCGUAUUCCACGGACGCUUUUGUUUUUGCGAGCGCGAGCGCGCGCAACCUUCGACCCACCUGUUACGCGCUAUUUAAGAAUAGGUGGCCCAAGUGUGUGGCGUCGACCAGGACUGAGACUGCUCGGUGGGAUUAUUUUUUUGCGGGUAUUGAGUGCUGGGAAAUUUUUUGAGAAAUUGUUGAGACAGGUAUUAUAUUCGGAUAUUUUUUUUUUUCUUUUUUUUUUUUAUCGAAGCUUUCAAAUCUUAGAAGAGAGAUUUAUUCGAUUUGCAUGUUGUUGGAAAUGUAUAUGUAGAAUUAGGAUUUGUUAAUAUGUGCGAGAUUAAUGUUACUGUUCUUCGAGAAGGACAGAACAACGUUUGCUUUAGUAAACGGACAUAGUGAUGGGUAAAUAUAGUUUAAGUUUACAUAGUCGCUCUAAUGAUUUGAUUCUUUGCUUUACGAAGAGUGGGCACUGCCAAGUAAUGUGAUCAAUGUUCUAUAUGACUAUAAUCGCGCCAAUAUUUAGAGUUACUUAAUAAUUCCACCCUUGCGAGAGAAGCAGUAAAGUUAUUUAUAAUGGCCAGCUCUACAGCGGUGUAUCGUGACAAUUAAUUCGCGCGAGAAUAUUCAGAUAUAUUCGAGUCAAAUAGCAUUUUUAUAAAAUAACUAGGAAAUAUUCAAUCAGUCCCUCGCGACGUACGUGGAAAUCUCGAAAAAUUCGACUAAAGAUCGUGACGAUGCUUCAUCAUUCUAUAUCGUACGAACAAUGCUUUGGGAGGGUUUUUGGAUUGCUGAAUUUGAUAUUCAAAUUUUAUUAUUUUCAAUCCCUUGACUAUCACAAGAUAUUCCAUAAUUG